ACCACCUAUUGCAACUUUUACAUGUUAUAAUCUGUAACCCUUCUCUGUAUCUGAAGAAAAGAAACCGACAUAAAUUCUACUCCUAACGACGCUCGACGGCGGAGCUAUCCUCCCAACGGAACCGUAUCGGCGGCAGCUAAACAAACAAACAGAAUAUUCCUCCUCGGACGAUGAGUUCCCAAAUCCGAGAGGAGGAGUCAUCGAAAGAAGAAGCGGGCAAAGACACCGCGGAGGUAUCCGAAUUCAAACGCCUCUUACCAUCCCAAUCUCCUUCCCCGUCGUCGACCGAUGAUGAAAACGAGGUCGCAUUCGAAUCCAGAGAGAAAAUCGUGAUCGUCGACGUGGAAACACCAGAAUCCAUCGAAAACGUCGAUUAUGUCCCUCCGUUUUCCUGGAAGAAGCUCUGGUUGUUUACGGGACCGGGUUUUCUAAUGAGUAUAGCGUUUUUAGAUCCGGGGAAUUUGGAAGGGGAUCUCCAGGCUGGGGCAAUUGCGGGUUACUCUUUGCUUUGGUUGUUGAUGUGGGCCACCAUCACGGGCUUGCUGAUUCAGUUGUUAUCGGCUCGGCUCGGGGUGGCUACUGGCCGGCAUCUAGCGGAGCUCUGCCGGGAGGAGUAUCCGACUUGGGCUCGUUUUAUGCUGUGGUUCAUGGCGGAAUUGGCGCUUGUUGGAGCUGAUAUCCAGGAGGUUAUUGGGAGUGCUAUAGCUAUCCAAAUUUUGAGUAAUGGAGCUUUGCCGCUAUGGGCUGGGGUUUUGAUUACAGCAUUGGAUUGUUUUAUCUUUUUGUUCCUGGAGAAUUAUGGAGUCAGGAAACUAGAAGCUGUUUUUGCUGUUUUAAUUGCGACUAUGGCUUUAUCAUUUGCUUGGAUGUUUGGUGAUACAAAACCCAGUGGAAAAGAAGUACUAAUUGGUAUUUUGAUUCCUCGACUUAGCUCAAAAACAAUUCGGCAAGCUGUUGGGGUUGUGGGCUGUGUCAUAAUGCCUCAUAACGUAUUCUUGCAUUCUGCUUUGGUACAAUCAAGAAAGAUAGAUCCCAAGAAGAGAGGCCGGGUUCAAGAGGCACUAAACUACUACUCAAUCGAGUCAUCUGUCGCGCUUCUGGUUUCCUUCAUGAUCAAUUUGUUUGUGACAACUGUCUUUGCCAAGGGAUUCUAUGGUACAAAACAAGCAAAUAACUUAGGACUAGUUAACGCAGGGCGGUAUCUUGAGGAGAAGUAUGGUGGAGGACUCUUUCCAAUUCUCUAUAUAUGGGGUAUUGGGUUGCUAGCAGCUGGACAAAGUAGUACAAUAACUGGCACAUAUGCUGGGCAGUUUAUAAUGGGAGGUUUUCUGAACCUUCGUCUGAAGAAGUGGUUGAGGGCAUUGGUUACACGGAGCUUUGCAAUUGUGCCAACUAUUAUUGUAGCUCUUGUGUUUAACACGUCUGAAGCCUCGUUGGAUAUUUUGAAUGAAUGGCUUAAUGUACUUCAGUCAAUACAGAUUCCGUUUGCACUCAUCCCACUUCUAACCUUUGCCUCCAAGGAGCAGGUUAUGGGGGUCUUUAGGAUUAGUCCUAUUCUUGAGAGACUGGCCUGGACUGUGGCUGCCCUGGUAAUAUUAAUCAAUGGGUAUCUUUUACUGGACUUCUUUAUUUCAGAAGUCAAGGGACUGCUGUUUGGACUAUUGAUCUGUAUAUGGGCAGCUGCAUAUAUAGCAUUCAUUGUUUAUCUUGUUUCACGUGGCAGUGCUCUUCCUUCAACUUGGUUCAGCAUAGAACUAUCCAAGAGAUAUUCUGUCAUCGGAAGUUAAAAGAGUCAAGAAAAUGCAGUCAGUGCUAGGAAUAACCAAUUCUCAGAAUUAUAUAGCUGUCUUUUGUACACCAAUAAUCUUGAAUAUACAUAUCCAAACAAUAGAAAGCAGCUGGUUCGAGAUCUACAGCAUUGCAUGUCAGAGCUGCACAAAGUUAUAUUUUAUCUCAUCAAUCAUGUAAGGAUAACCCUUUUUUUUUGUUUUUUGGAUUCCCUUUCAUUCCUGAAGAUGGAGGAAACAUUUUUACAACCUGCAGGCUGAACUACUUUCAUUUGUAAUAGGUUUUGUCUUGUCUAGUUCAUAGUAAAGUUAGAUGAAACUGCUUAGUUUUAUAUUCCUGAAUAUAACAGCAUCCCAUGUACCAUAGUCAGACUGCCAUUCUUGUUUCCCGGAAGGGACCAUACGAUACAACAAGAAAUGAAUCUUGCGAUUCCCAUGUUUGGAGUCUGAAUCAUACUCUCUUAAUUCCAGAAGUUCAUUUUCUGUUGUCUGUUCUUUUGUUGUUCAUUAAACUGUAAUCUAUCUUCAUUUUCCCCCGGUAUGGCGAACUAUAAUACAAAUAUAACGAUCACUUUUUCUGAAGAGUGUGCUAAGGACACUUAUUAAGGUGCUAUUUAUAAUAUUCUACCAUUAGACAUUGUAGUUGAAAAUGAUCCGAUGAUUUCUCACCUAUUGAGUGAAUGUAUUACAUAAUAUAAUAACAUUAGCAAGUGCUUUUAGAGCGUUGUUGACAAUUUGGUAAGUUUGGUAUCUCAUUAACGUGUUGGAAAAUCUAUCAAACUUCUGCAUUUACGUUUAGGUUGAAUGCUAAGAUGCUAGAAAUUUCAUGGAAGUGGCCAGGCACUUGUUAGUAAAGGUCAUUCUGUGGCAUUGCUUGGGAAAUAUAAUAUUCUCUUUCCAUUAUGGGGGAUUGAUA